UUUUCUCUAAAGUAAUUUUUUUGUUCGUUGGGUUCAUAUUUGUGAUGCACAGUGACAUUUGGUUAAAUGGUGGUAAGAAUUUCAUUUGAAAUUCCUUACUACAAGUUUGAAUCUUAUGUAUGUAUGCACAGUAGAAAUUUGGUGUUCAGCUCUUAAAUGUAAAAUCAUGCCAUGGACAUUUUUCAUUAUCUGAAAAUCUAAUGAAUAAUGUAAAUUUUGCCAGCGUAGUUAAAGACCAUAACUGGUUUUAAACGACUCAGUUAUUCCUCCCAUUUAAAUAAGCAGAAAAAUAGGCAAUUUUUAAUGACUCCAGAUGAUGUGGGAACAUAACUGAAUUAUUCAUCAUUGUCUUGGCUGUCAUUCAUCAUCAAUCAUUUCUGUAACAUAUCUGUAUUGGGAUCAAUACACAAUACGCGACUUCAAUCCGUCCACGCACAAAAAAAAUCAGAUACAUUUCUAAUCCAGGGGGAUGGAUCUGCGUGGUGGAUGUGCCGCCGACACAGUACGGCUGACAAAUUUUAGGUCAGCUACGAAAUUAGGAUUAAGUGAAGAGGUAAUAAACAAAACAUUAUUUUGUAGUGGUAUACUUUUUGAGAUGUUUGACCACCACUGUUAAAAAUCUGGUGGAGUCACAUAUGUACAUACUCCGUACUGGUAUUGGUUAGGUAACAACUUCCAACCGGAUUAGUCUGGUGGUACAUUUUCUGUAAAAUUUCUGUAACUAAUGGAAAUUUACGAAUUUUUUCCAUCGAAAAAUUUUCCGUUGUAGCAUGACAUUUUAACCACCCUCUGUAUACAUAAAUAAACAUUUUGUCUCCGCCAUCUACCCGAAUAACUAUUUACCAUACAUACAUAUUGUAUGUACAUUGUACAAAAUUAUUGUUACAACAAAUAGAACGCAAGAAAAAGCCGUUUCGAUUCAGCAGAUUGAUUAUAAAUAAGCGAGGACAAAUUAUGAAGUCAUACUCAUACCACUCUGUCCAACUCAUGAUAAGUUUAAUGGCCAGUAAUAAAUUAAUAAAAAGUUUAAAUUGAGACAACUUAUGUAAGUAGAACAAUGUGGUCUUAAACUAUGUAGUUAAGUAUCACUUGUUGAAAAAGUGCAUAUGUAAGCCUUACAAACAAGUUACCCUUCAUAAAACUGGAUGUAUGUAUGUUUUUGAUAUCUGUAUCUUCUUGUUCUUGGACGUCGGGUUUUUAGCCUCCAGUUUUUCUAAAAUAUCUCAAUAAUUGAUUAUGGAGUGUGGUAAAAUUAAAAAGAUUGGGAAUGGUUAUCACAAUCAAAAUAAUGUUGAGGUAAAAGUCAAUACUUAAGUUUAAUUAUUACUCGCAAGGUAACGUAAUAGUUGGAAGUAUUAUAUCUUAAUCUCUAAUCUUAAGAUAAGUACCUCUAAAAUUUGAAUUAAUGUAUGAAUUUACCUAAUUGCGGUAUCCGACCUCAUUUCGUUUUGUAAUUAUUUACGAUGAGGUUGCGGCUAAGACAGAUUUUUAACCUACUUUAAUAUUUACAUAUAUGUAUUUCCUAUUAAAAUAAAUACAUAUGCAAUUUUUUUAAUUCGCUAAUUAAUUUAGAAAAAACAUUCCCCUGGAGAUUCGGCCUUAAUAUGGGAAGAACAGGAAGUCGAAUACGCUCUGGAUGGUGGAUCCGCCUGGGUGAUUGCGGCGGCCUCCCUGCUAAAUAAUUUUGUUCUUGAUGGCGUAUCUUUCUCGUAUGGCGUCCUCACCCAAAAAGUUACGGAGCAGAAAUCCUUAUCUGAAUUUCAAUUCCAUCUCUGUGGUUCGGUCAUGUUGGGGACGCAACUUAUAAUUGGCCCCAUGAUUCCCUUCCUAUGUAGCACCUUGGGUUUCUGCACCGUAUCAAUCCUGGGAUCUGUAACGGCCGCGGUUGGAUUCUUCCUCUCCUGGGCGUGGUCAUGGGGUGAAGCUCCAUCAUUUACAGGUUUCCUGGUAGGAUUCGGGCUUCUCGUCGGGGUCGGGUUUGGACUCAUGUUCACCGUCAGUAUCAUCAUUUUAGGGAAGUUUUUUGCGAGCAAUCUUCCCUUCGCGACUGGCCUGGCCGUUACUGGGAGUGCUUUGGGAUCCCUUGCAACGCCAAAAGUUUUGGGGUGGAUAGUCGGUUAUUACGGUUGGCAGGGGUCUAUGCUAUUCUUGUCGGGAUGCUGUAUCGUUUCGAUAGGAUUUGGAGCACUGUACAGAGAAUGUCCGACACGAGUUGAAAAGGUCUGCAAGGUUCUGGCAGACCGGAAAUCAGACACAACUUUGUUGAAAGAACUUGUUAAAUCGCCGACUUGUUGGAUACUUUGCGUAACAGGAGGACUCGGUGCAUUGGGAUAUUUUAUGCCAUCAGCGUUUAUUGCAGACCGAGCCAUGGCGCCACCAUUUAACGCCACGUGGGACCAAGCCACCUGGCUUCCCGCAAUUAUUGGAGGAUCUAACACCUUGGCUCGAUUUGGGUUUGGAAUUUUGGCAAAUUCAGAUCGAGCGGUUUAUUCCUUGAUGCUGAUAAAUGUGGCGUUAACGCUUGGCGGAUUUGUUACCAUGAUGACGGUGUAUGCGACAAAGUACUGGAUGCUGGCUCUCUACGCGGCAUUAUAUGGACAAAUGAUUGGCGUGCUCGCAUCCCUCCGCUCCGUCGUAGUUUACCAAUACAUGGGAAAGGAGAAGUACAGCUUGGCGUUUGGUCUGAACAUUUUCUUCAUGGGGAUUUCGCUCUAUUGUGGAAAUGCUUUCGCAGGGUGGCUGAAUGACACGACGGGAAACAUGGACAGUACCUUCCAAUAUGUGGGGGCAUUCUUCAUCCUGUCAGCACUUCCGUGCUACCCACUCCGCUGGAUACACGAAUGGGAAACUGGAAGACCUGUUUUCUCAUCUGCCCUUGGAAGUAAUUCUUGAUCGAAAUAUUUAGAUAGUGUAACACGAUUCGAAUGUCCACCUUAUCAAUUAGUUAUCAAGAUAAAAUUAGCAUUAUGUCCAUUGUUGAAUUGCUCAUUUAAAAGCAAGAAGGUAACAACCAUACAAUUUUUUUCAGUACUUCGUUGAAACGUAAAAAAUUUCUGUAUCGAAAUUUAAAAAAAUUAAUUUAAUAUAAAGGCUUUAGGGAUUAAAAUCCCGGACGAUUUUUUAAAUCCCGGGAAUCGGGAAUCCCGGUUUUAGCCGUGCCAAAUCCCGGGAUUUUUUCCCGAAAUUCAAACAGUACCCCAUUAGCCCAGAAAGUCAAAUUUGAGCAUACAAAAGGGUACAUGACUUUAAAAAGGACAGCAUAUGCAUAUUCAUAAUACUGCUGGACCUAUAUACUUAUGUUUUUUGGGAUCUGUGCAUCCAUAAUUAUUAUUAUAAGGUAUGGAAUUUUCUGGCCUUCUCAAAAUGAAUAUGAUAGCAGCACAAAUUAGCGAUUAUAUUGUUUUGCCUGCUAUGGUAAAUGUAAAAUUACGGUGUAAUGUGGUAGCCUAAUUUUUUGCCUUCUCUCUUGGAGAGGUGUCAAGAAAAAUUUUAAUAAUUUCAUUCCAGAAAACUUAUGGGUAAAUAAUUAAUCAACAAUUUGCCAGCAUUUUAACCUGAAAUGAAUAAAUUUACGCGUUUAUUGUUUGGGUACUAUUAUACAAUAACUAAAAUUGUACAUAAAAUUAGCACUUCAAAAAUUUCAAGUUCACAUAUAUGAACUACAUCGUUCAGAAAGCCUUCCAUUCUGACUUAAAUUGAUCGACUAAAAUUCGAAACUAUGCACUUCUAACAUAUUAGCUUUUUUGAGUAUAACUGAUUUCAGAUUCUAUAAUUAUACCUAGGGUAAGGUUUCUUUAUUCCUUCAAGGUUAAAUCUGACAUCGAAAUUAGAAAAUUUCAAGUUCCAGUUUAUAUUUAAAAUUUUACUUGCAAACUAGAAGAUUUGAAUAUAUUUAUCUACGACAUAUAAAAAAAUGUGGUUUCACAUUAUGUUUAAAGCUUAAUCUUGGAGUUCAGAAUGAAUUUUAACUGGUUAUGCUCGUCUAAACUUUUUCUUCCCAAUAAUAUAACCCCAAAUUAUGUAAAACCGCUAAUAAAAGUCAAAUAGAAGGGCAUUUUCAAUCUUGAAUGACAAAUUAAAAAAUCCCGAAAUCCCGGGAUUUCAAUUCUUCAAAUCCCGGGAUUUCGGGAAUAAAAUCCCGGGACUGGAACCCCUAAAAGGCUUAGAAACUCCACUGGCUAAAAAAUAUGUAUAUUUAACUGAUACAUCAUAAAUAACUUAAAAUAUAACAAGUAAUAAA